AUGGUCCAAUCAGAGGCCUCGCUCCCAAAGCCCCGCCCCCUUGGCUCCUCUCAGCCAACAGGGAAGCGGCGGGCCUCGAUGGGUGGCAGCUUCCGGGCCAAACGCCGUCGCCGAGGAAACAGCGAGAGCCAAUUGGAGCACGUCUUGCCCAGCCACUUCCUGUUGGGCGGGAACAUCUUUGACCCUUUGAACUUGAACUCCUUGAUGAAUGAGGAAGUGAACCGACUGACCAAUCAGGAGACCCCUCAGUCCUCGCCCCUACCACAGCGGGGGGGAGACCCUGUGGAGAUCUUGAGGCCACGUGACGUCACUGACCCUCUGAACCUGAAGGGGGCGCCGCAGAGGAAGAGGAAGCACAGACACAGGCACUCGCAUAACAACGAUGCGGGUACUGCGGGUACUGCGAAUACUUCAGUGAAUACGGCAACUGCUGAGGACACCGAGAGAGCCGCAUCCAUCACUGCAGACUUCUCUCCUCUGUGGUGUGAGCUGAACACGGCUCUCACCUGUAGAGAGGACUUGGCUCCGUCCUCUAAGCGUGUGGCUCAACCCCCACAUCGCAGACACACCCAUCCCCCUCUCCGUGGUAACCGACGGCAACGAUCCUCCUCCUGCCUUGCCACGGCAACAGCCAAAUCUCGGCAGCCAAUCUGCUUCGAGACGCCCCAGAUGGGAGGGGUCAAGCCGGCGACCAGCUCUCGCUUGCCCUGUCGCCCGCAGAAGCUUUCUGGUCGUUACGCCUUCGGUAACCACACCCCCUUCUAUGGUUUCCGUGGUUGCUACGGUGACAGCGUGGUGGUGGGUGGGGCAGACUUGCGAUUGCCAUGGUUACAAGAGGCUUGGUUUCGUGGGCGCCGCGUGCUGGACGUGGGCUGCGGUGCAGGUCAUGUGGCGCUAUAUGUGGCACGCUCAUUUAGCCCCGCCCACGUCCUGGGGGUGGAGCGUGACUCGCAGCUGGUGCGAGCGGCCAAUCAGAACGUCCGGCACUUCCUGUCACAUGACCUGGUGAAGGCGGAGCGAGCGCGGCGGCGACGAGGAGCACAGGACAAAGAAGCAAGCGAGACACAGCAGAGUCCAGAAGCAGACCAGGACCAGGGUCUGAACCAGGACCAGGGUCUGAACCAGGACCAGGGUCUGAGCCAGGACCAGGGUCUGAGCCAGGACCAGGGUCUGAACCAGGACCAGGAUCUGAGCCAGGACCAGGAUCUGAGCCAGGACCAAGAUCCGGACCUGUCAGACUUGCGGAGCAUCCUUGCCUCUCUGUCCUUCCCACAGUCCUUCAGACUCAGCAGAGGUCCACUGUGUGCUCCAGCCAUACUGGGUCUGGACCAGGACCCAGUCCAGGCCGAGAACCAGACCAGAGAUCAAAGCCGGGACUCCUCUCUGAAGGGAUUCCCUCACAACAUCACCUUCCUACAGGGUGAUUACGUAUGCACAGGGGAGGCGUGGCCUGGGCGGGGCAUGUAUGAUGUCAUCAUGUGCCUGGGCGUGGCCAAGUGGGUGCAGCUGCAGGGCGGAGACGAGAGCGUGGUCACUCUCUUCACACGAGCCUAUCAGAGCCUGUCGUCGGGCGGAAUAUUCCUCCUCGAGACGCAGCCGUGGACGAGCUACUGCCACAGCAAGAGGAGCUCAGCAACGACCUUCAGAAACUUCCAGAAUAUUCGUCUUCGUCCAGAAAAUUUCACUUUGUUUCUGACGCAGACGAUCGGCUUCAGCUCCUACAGACUCCUGACACGCACCGGAAACCGUCGCUGUUUUUACCUGUUUCACAAAGGCCUCGUCCACAGGAAGUGA